AUGGAGAUCGUGGAUUCUCAUAACAUCACCGCCACAAGCAUCCACCUGAGCGCUCCCGCGAGCCCAGACGAGAGCAGCUUCGAAGGCUUGCUCUUCCACAGUGCCCCCGGGAGCCCCAAGACUGAGCCCCCCACUCCUAGAGCCUCCUCCAACGACGGCGGGGACUUCCAGUUCGAGACCAGUCGCCAGUUCGACGACAUCGCUCUUGAGAACCCCACGAAACGACAACAGCAUGAGCGGCGGGAAGAACCACAACCACGAGAGAGCCCACGCGAGCGACCUUGCAUGGCAUUCGCGGACGAGCUCUUCUGCGACGGGAAGGUCAAGCCGCUGAAGCUCCCGCCGCGGCUCCAGAACAACGGCGGCGACGGGUCACGGGUUCAGACGCCGGUGGCUUCCCCGACGUCGUCUCCGCGUUAUGCUGGCGUGAGGAAACGGCUCGCGAGGCAGAAGAGCUUGUGGGACGACGGAUUCGACCCGUUCGAGGUUGCGCUGGAGCGGGUGAGGGCGGAGGAGAGAGAUUCCAGCCGCCGUAGGAGCAGGUCUAUGUCUCCGUUCAGGGGAUUUGGCGGCGUAAGUGGCGACGGCGACAAGGUGGUGGGGAUGAGGUCCAGUGAAUCGACUCGGUGGACUCUGCGGGGGAGCGCCAGGGAAGAGAGUGCCGAAGCCGGCGUGCGGUUCUGGAGGGCUAAAAAGAAGGUGGAGCCCGUGGAGCAAUUCGACCCUGCCCAUGAGAAGGACACCCAAACGGGCUCCCUUGAAGAAGAAAAACAGAGGCAAAGGAAGCUGGCGUUGGCAGAGCCGAGAGGAGCAGACUUCGCAAGGAGAUUGAGGCUGGUGAAGAUGGACACCCAUGCAAAUCCAUGCAAGCCAACCACGACCGCUCUCCCAGGACCAGAAGCCACAAGCACACCCGAUCAGGGGAAAGAAAAUGGAGGAGGGUCUGUCAACUGCAUCCCAAGAGAAUCGAAGAGGCAGAGGAUAAAGAAGUUCCUCCUGAGGAGCACGUCGCUGGGGAGAGAACUCGGGACGAAGGAGAAGGGGGGAGAUGGUUCCGCAUCGGCUGAACCAGUGAGCAAACCGAACAUCUUGAGAAGAUUGAGCUUCAGGUCAACAGGGUCGAAGCAGUCGGGCCACGAAGUGAGCACAGUGGGUCAGAUGACGCUCGUCCGUUACAGGCCCAGAAUGCUGCUUUGUCUGGGCUAUGGGGUCCAGAGCUCCGUGCAUGUCGGGUGAAGCUUGCACUCCUGUGCUGAACAGUGCUGGCUCAGCUUUCAUGGCAUCUGUUCUUUUUUGGGUGAAUUCAGACUCAUCUUGAAUGUGAUCUUUUGUGUUAUCAACUCCACCUCAGUUUAAGGUGGAAAUCUUUUGUUCAGUAGGAACGCGUACAGCUGUUGAUUCUAUGAACUGUUCUCAGAGGUUUUUAUUUCUCUGUCAUUGUAUGAAAAGCCCAGCCAUUGCAAUGGAGGAACGAAAGGUGUUAUAAAU